AUGAAGAAAAUGAUUCAAAUGGACAAUGGGUUUACGCUGAAACAAUUAAACAUCAAUGGAGCUUAUCUUUACGACGUGAUCUGGGAUCGAAUGUCGCUGACGACCCUGAAGCAAGAGGAAGCGCUGGAAGCGUAUAACCGAGCACAGGUGGCCACUUUGGAACAAGAGAAGGAGGAUACAACGGUGGAAGAAGGGAAAACGAGUGAAGUGAAAAGGGAAAGGGCAAGGACGGUGUUGGAUGUGCUAGUGGAAACUGUCGAACAUCUGGAGAUCACCACGUCUGAAGGUACCGGCUACAUACUGGAUGACAAGUCAUCGGCUGUUAGACGCUUUGAGUCGCUUAUGACGCAGCCAGAUGAUGUGGAAUGGCGCAUCUUCGCCGUCUUUUAG